GCCGCCAUGCUCAACAACCACUAUGCCCGUCACUACAAGGGCAAGCUCAUUGUGCGCUUCGACGACACGAACCCGAGCAAGGAGAAGAUGGAGUUCGAGGAGAGCAUGAUCAAGGACCUUGCGACUUUGCAGAUCAAACCUGACAUGGUUAGCCACACGUCCGACUACUUCGAACAGCUGCAAGCAGCCAUGGAGGAGCUCAUCAAAAAGGGGAAGGCAUACGUGGACGACACAGACGUGGACACGAUGAGGAAUGAGCGGGACAAGGGUGUCUGCAGCAAAUGCAGAGACCAGAAGGUGGAGGAGAAUCUCCGGAGAUUUGGGGAGAUGCUCAAAGGCUCAGAGGAAGGGCUGAAGAUGUGCGUCCGAGGGAAGAUGGACAUGCAGUGCGCCAACAAGUGUCUGCGCGAUCCCGUCUUCUACCGCUGCAAGACGGACACGCCCCACCACAAGCAUGGCUUCAAGUACAAGGCCUACCCCACGUACGACUUUGCCUGCCCAGUGGUGGAUGCACUCGAGGGCGUCACGCAUGCUCUUCGAACCAUCGAGUACAAGGAUCGCGCGCCAAUGUACGAGUGGGUGCUCGAAGCCACCGGGUCUCGGAAGGUCGAGAUGGUGGAGUUUGCCAAAACGCAAUUCUCCUACACCAUCCUAUCGAAGCGGAAGCUGACCUGGUUCGUGGAGAACGGCUACGUCGAUGGUUGGGACGACCCUCGCUUCCCCACUGUUCAGGGCGUCAUGCGCCGUGGAAUGACCGUGGAAGCCCUCCAAGACUUUGUCCUGACCCAAGGCAUGUCAAAGGCCACGAACAUGAUGGAGUGGGAUAAGAUCUGGGCCAUCAACAAGCAGAAGAUCGAUCCGAUCGUGCCUCGCUACCCUGCCGUAGCAGAGGACGCGGCCUGGCUCAAGCUGGACGGCCCGGCGGAGCCAACGACGAAGAUGGAGAAGAAGCAUCCUAAGAAUGAUGAGCUGGGCGAGCGAUUGCUCAUCCACUCCAAAGACAUCUACAUCGAGCAGGAGGAUGCCCAAGCCAUCGAGUCCGGCGAGCAAGUCACGCUGCUGCAUUGGGGCAACGCCUACGUGGACAAGAUCACUCGUGAUAAGAGUGGCAAGGUGACCGAGCUCGUUGGAAGACUGAACUUGGAGGGCAACGUGAAGGACACGAAGAAGAAGAUCCACUGGGUGCCCAAGCUCGACGAGCAGGUCACUCCCCUCAUUCUCCGCGAGUUCGACCAUCUUGUGACCAAGCCCAAGAUGGAGGACGACGAUGACCUGAAUGGCAUCAUCAAUCCACAGAGCGUCGUAGACACCAAAGCCAUCGGCGAUCCCCUCGUCAAGGGCCUCCCCAAGGGCACGAUGAUGCAGCUGGAGCGUCGGGGCUACUUCAUCGUGGACCGACCCGCCUUCCAGCCGGGCCAGGGGGUGAGUCCUUCGGAACCGAUGGUCUUGGUGAAGAUCCCCGACGGCAAGAGCAAGGAUAUGGGAAUGAAGUCUAAAGUGGAUCCGUCGAAGCUUCAAGGUGCAGCCGGCCAGAAAGGUGAGAAAGCAGAGAAGGACCCUGCCGGAGGCGUGUCCCGGCUGUGCAAUGACAGCCAGGCCGAGGCGACGGCCUACGCGGAUCUCGGACAUCGAUGCCGCGAGAAGGGGAAUCUGGUUGCCGCGCAAGACCUCAUGAGGAGGUGCCUGAAGAAGAGGCAGUUCCAGGACUUCCGCUUCUUUGACAAUGUUUUGGAGCUGAAGCUCUGCCAGAAGGAGAAGCGCUGCGCAGAGCUUUGCGAGAUUGCGCAGAGGGAGAUCGUCAAGCACAAGGAUCCUGAAAACUCGUUGCGCUACACACUGAUCCUGGCGAAGAUCGCCAAGGCUGGAUGGGAGCGACGGGAGAUGGGCCACGAGGAUGCCUGGAGAGCGCUCACGUCGGCUAAAGGUUUCUCGGAGAAGUGUGCUGUUGGUGAGCAGAGUCAGACACAUGCGAAGCUCGCAGAGUUCGCGGAUGCGGUGCUGAGGAGAGAGGAGGAGGUUUCGGGCCUCUCACCGGCCGGGCCGCAG